CACAUUUAGUGACGUUUUAAUCAUGGAUACUUUGUAAACAAAGCGGAUAUGGAUAGAAGCCUAUAAUAAUAAUUUUAUGGGGUUUUAAUGAUAAUUAAAUGUAUUGUUUAUCCUUCCCGUAAUCAUGGGACACGCAGCUUCUUCUAAGAAAGAAACUAACCCAAAAUCAAACCGAGCUGAACAAUUACCAGGAUUAAAGAUAGUUAUACUUGGUGACAGUGGCGUUGGUAAAAGUAGUAUAUUAGUUCGUUAUGUUCACAAUCAAUUUACACCUAUUUAUACACCAACUACAAAAGUUUCUAUAGAUAAUAUUGUAAAGAAACUAAACAUUCCUGAUCAUGUAUUGGUAUCGUUAACAUUCUGGGAUUUACCAGGUAAAGAAGAUAUUGAACUGUAUAGAUCUUAUUUUACUGAUGUUGAUGCAGCUAUUGUUGUUGUGGAUCUAAGUGAUCCGAAAUUUUUGAAUAUGGCUUUGGUAUGGAAACAGAUAUUGAUGAACAACAUGACAGUGACGACUGUUGUAGACAACACACCAGGAGUUAAAAGACAUGAAGAAAUUUAUAAAAAAGAACCAGCACCCAACAAAUAUACAAUUCCGAUUCUUUUACUUGGAAAUAAAUUUGAUUUAGUAGAGAAGAUGACCCAGAACUCAGAAGAUAGUAUACAGACAUCAGACAAUAAACUACCAUGUAUUAAAGAACUAGAGGAAUACAGUGCUAAAUAUAACUUCACAGGAAGUAUGGCUGUGUCAGCAAGAGAGGGUGAUGGAUCUGUUCACCAAGCUAUACAGAGUUUUAUACGUCACAUCAUCGAGAAAAAAUAUCGUCCCAGAAAACAAGAAGAGAAUAAUAAUGAUAAACUUGGUUCCGCACCACCUGUAGAGAAAAUAUUUGAAAUAAGUGGUAUUGAAAAUAUAGACAAAGAGUUUUUGAAAGCUGAGAAAUGUAUCCGAAGAAUUCAGUCCCUGUCUAAAUAUAGUGAUCAAUCUUUGAAAAAGUUUUUUGCAAAAUGUUCUCAGUCCAAUCUUACAAAUAGUGAAGAUAUAAGUUUAGAAAACUGUGUUGUUGCUUUAAAGAAAUAUUUCUGUUCUCCUGAUACACAACUUGAGAUGCAUGAAGAAGAUGAUUUUUGUACCAUUAAUUUAAAAACAGAUAAAGAAAACAUUAAAAUGGCUUCUUGUUAUGAGAAAAUCUUCAAAACCUUUAACCUUGAGUAUUCAGCAUCAGUAAAGGCCAUAUUGAGAGAAUUUCCAGACUUUAUUUCUACACUGAGCAAUAUAGACAAUAGAAUAGAAGUAUUAUGUCAAGAUAAUUCCUGCCAACAGAAUCUGCUGAAUGAUAAACCUGUAGAUUAUGUAGAAGCUUCAUUGAUUAUUGAGAAGAACAGAGCUAAAAUAAAAUUUACGCAAAACCAAGCUACUGAUAGAAUUAUGUCAGCUGAAACAUCGCUGAAAAAAAUGAAAACAUCACUGUUGUGGUAAUAGAUACUCCAUGAAUUAUUUUCAUUAUGAAAAAAGGUUUGACAGUAAAUUUAUGCAACCUGUCAUAGAUGUGAAUUUAAAGAGGCAUUAGCAAUUUUAGAGAUCUUUGCAGGUUGGUAAAAAAUUUGAGGCCAAUCAGCCAAGACAUAUUUAGUGGUUUUUGAAUAGUGUAGCGAUUGCUUGUGAAAAAUAUCUUACUCUAAGAGGGUAUUUGAGUCUUGAGGUAUUUUGAAUAUAUUUAUUUUAUCAGUGAGAGUGAUUAUGCCUCUUUAAAUUCUGCACAAAAUAUGUCUGAUUUAAACUUGUCUGUUGUUAGCUUUCAGAAUUGGCAACUAUUAUAUUAUGUUGCUCUGUCUGCGAAAAAAGAUUAUGUUAAUUCACAUUUGUUUUAUGUACUUGACUGUAUGUAUAUUAGUGUGUGUAUUUAUAUAUAACAAGUCUCCUCUAAAGUAAUUUCCCUUGAACCUGUUAUACACUCCAUCGAAAUAAUAACAAUACGACCCCAAUUCCCAUCGAAUAAAUUAGUUAGCACAAUUUAUCCAAAUCU